AUGCUUGCGGAGUCCAAUAGCAGAUCUUAUGCCGGAGAUGCACCAAAGCUCCGGACUGCAUGCGAAAACUGCCGCCAAUCCAAGGUGAAAUGCAAUCUGUCUGGCAAGAGUGUCUGCGCCCGUUGUCUACGCCACGGCUUACAGUGCCAAUACGGAUUCGCCAAUCGAUCCGGCAAACCGAAAGGCAGCAAGAACCGGGCCACUCUCCGCAAGUUGGGCCAACUGCAAGAAGAAAAGCCGGCCAUGCGUGGCUUUCGCAGUAGUCGACUUGUGGCGCCUGUGGCCGAUAUGGAGCCGCUUGGUAGUGCGUAUGGGAAUACCAUUGCUGAUCCAGUAAUUGACAACGAUGUCUGCUCGAUAUCAAACCAACCCGGGUUCUGGGAAAGUCCCCGGAGUUUUGGAAAUACAACCACACUAGAAUCCUCCGUCUGUCCUGGAAAGGUAUCAACAGUCGAAAGUUCACCAUUCACCGACCUCGUGGACCCCUGUCCAGCAAUCCCAACUGGCAUAGGAUAUCCACACACGCCAGUCACACCGACAUUCUUAUCAGGGGAAUCACUAGCAGAGGGGAUAGCCAGCCCAUCCCUGGCAGGCUCCGUGGCAUCAUCGUACCCACUCUCGCCAUGCGAAUGCCUGGACAUGCAGCUCUUCCAUAUGAACCGGCUGAACCACCUCCUGGCCGGGUCAGUACCACUCCGACUUGAUCACAGUCUGCAGACGAUCAAAUGCACGUUCUGUGCCUGCCAAGUGUUCCUCCAAUGUACCAAAUGCGCCAAAGACAGCACAACCCUCCUGCUAACCAUCUCGGUCCUCAACCUUACGCUCCAGCUAUUCGAAUACUGGGUUUCGCGCGAGACAUCUCGCAUCCCACGACCAGAACAUGGCACCGACAUCCGCUACGGAUACUACGAGAUCUGCCACGAGGAAAACCGGCAGAUACGCAAUUUCCUCUUGCGAGGUCUACUAUUGCAAUGUAGAGAGGUACUGAUGGCAUUGAAGAUCGCUGCUACAGCCACUGAUCUCCAAAUCCCAACGUUGAACGUGGACGAACCGUCCGAACCAAAGGCUGCAGAAGAACACCAUGCCCACUGGGUUCCUUCUGAGCAUGUUGGUCUCCUCCCGGAUCUAGAUACUGAGCUGUCAUCAGGUACACCCAGAAGCGAAGCGCUGCUUCCUAUCAUUGCAGGUUACGAAGCUACCGUAUUGGCAUUUUUACAUUCGACUUCGUGGGGUGAAUGUAUCUGCGGUUCUGGACGGGUGAUGCGCGACGAAUGUCUUUGA